UCAUCUUUUAAGUUUAUUUUUUGUUUCAUUAAGUGGGUCAAAGUUAAUCUAGAUUUUGUCCACGUAGGUGUUUUCCUAUUUUGAUCUUUUAGUACAGCUCGCGGAUUUACUUAAAGUCAUUUUAGGAACAUUGUUCGCUGCUAUUGAUGGUUUUCACAGUGACGUCAUCAGAUUGCAAAAGUCUAGAAAGCGGGAUUUUACGAAUUCUUAUUGCCCCCGCAGUGAUUUCGCCCAGAAGGCGAAAUCCCGAGGAGGCACUCUAGUAACUCGCACGUAUAUUAAGGAAAGUACUUACAGUUGAAAUAUACAGUCAUACAGUCAAUAUAGAAAAAAUCUCGAUUUGCUUGAACAGGGGCCGCGAGGAAUCGGUAGGUAAUGAUGACGUUUCUAUUGUUUGCGCACGCAAGUACAAAAUGGUUAGGAUGACGUAAGGACAGAAAUUCCCGAAGGCACCGCUUAGGUAGAUUUUGUGACAUACUUGGAUACUCUUUUGCGUUACGUGUUAUCAGUGACAUUCUGUGGAGUAGUUAUUUUGAAAGUUGUGGACCAAAAGACACUCGUUAAGCGCAGAUGAAGUUAUAAGGUACGUAUAACUGUGUAUAUAUAAACACUUGGAGAGUCUGCCAGACACAAGUUCACAAAUCUUUGAUUCGAAACCUUGCCAGACUCUCUUUCUCUCUCUCUGACCGAAAUAAGACUCAGCCCCAAACAAGCAAGACGAGUGAACAACGGCUAGCUUAUCACUAGCAGAACGAUGGACAAUUACAGAAAUUCGCCUACAAUCAAAUUCUGUGCUGACUUAUUCCCUGCUCACAGAUGUCCUUCCGCUAUAAAGUUUACAAAGACUAGAAUGCGCGAGCGUGAAUUGAUCAAACGUCCUUUUAAUUUCUAAGGCUUACUUUCCGGUCCGGCAAAUAAAAUGAACUGAAUGUAAAAAGUGUUUAGAAUAAACUAUUCUCGAAACUGGGAAUGUUUUGAUCAAAGCUGUGUAAAUCGAACUGAAACUGUGCAUGGAACCUUGCGUUUCCUGUGUUUAUCUCACCUAUUGUAUGGAAUAUGUGUGAAAAUCUUCAUUAUGAAUCGGUAUAUUUCAAAGAGCUUACACAACGAGCCAAUAUACAGACAAUAUACAGAGCGGGGGCAGCUGUAGUGUCAACUAUUACUAGUUUACACUAGGUUGAAGAUAAAUAGAAAUAAAUCUUUGUAGAAGUUUCCAGCGCCGAAGCAUGUUUCAUUUCGAAAAUACAGCAAUUUGAACUUCCGAGUUUUCACAGUGCGUGACACCAAAAAGGAAUGCUGUCUCACUGAAAAAAGUCAUUCCUCUUGAUUUUCGGCAGUUUAACCAUUUCAAGUGUAGAUGUGUUUUUGUGCACGUAUGCUAGUUCUCGAGUGAAAAGGAAGAGCUUUUAUAGAAAAAGUGAACUCCAGAUCGUUUUGUUUAUUUCCGGCGGGCAUAUUGGUGGACAGUUUCUGUCCACCAAUAUGGCGUCUCCAUACAAACCUCCGACGAAUGUGCGUGGAAUCGAAUGUUUAGGCAAAUAACUCAGAAACUGUAGACCACAAAGACCUGAGAUUUGGACAAAUUGUUUAUAUAUUGGUCUUCUACAACGUUCAAUUUUCUUGGAUUCUUUCACAGGACGGUUUCCAAUUUAUUUUUUGUGCAGUGUUUAUUGUGUGACAAUGAGAGCGAAGAAUUGUCAGAUGUUACUUUAUCAUACAUUAGGCCGUCCUCUUUUUUUUCUCCGUUUACCGUCGUCCGACCGACCCAAAUUUUUGACAUUUUCAAAAAAAAAAAAAAGUGAAGACGUAUUUACACCAUUUUUCAAUUGAAAUAAUUCUUUUCAUCUGAAAAAUGAUCAUAGUGACAGCAUAGAGAAAAACAGGAACAAAGACAUGAACAUUUUUCACCGUAUAUUGUACAUUUUGUUAAUCCAAAUAUGUGAAUGUUAACUUUUAACGUCGUCCUGGGGUGCCAGGGCGUACUAUUCCAAGACUUCCUGUAUUUUGUUUUUAGGUUUUUUUUUUUUUCAAUCCGACCGACCGACCGACCCAAUAUCAGGAAACGCAUUCGACGGUAAACGAAGAAAAAAAGGGGGAAUUGGCCUUUUGUAGGUGGUCGUUUUUGUCAUGUCAGCGCUGACAUUGGUUCAUUAGUCUCGUUGAAGUUCCUGUUUGGGCUUGUUAACCAGCAUUUUAGUUUUUCAUCGGUUUGUAAGCUUUUUGCUGAUCACAACCAUGUAGGUUCAGUAAUACCAAAACAUUACCCACACCGAGUUCACCUUGCUUUUUUAUUCUUACGCUCAGCUAACUCAAGCAUGUCCAGCUUUGGUUAUACUGAAAGGUCAGCUAUUUGACUUGUUAGUUUAGAGAAAGGAUUGAGUAGAGAAGAAGAGUAAGAAGAUAUAGAUUGUUAGCAGAAGUCAAAGAAGAAUAAAGACCAAGAUGUUAAUCAGAUUCCUAGCACCUCAUCGUGUAGCGAGCGAGUUGCUUGAACACCCCCCACACAUCCAACAAUGUUGGGAGUUGUUGGCCAAUGAUGUUGUGGCCGGUUAAUUGCACUGGGCUUAAAUGCUAGUCAGUAAAACUGUAGUUAAUACGGUAUUAAGGGCAGUCACUUGCAAAGUACAUUAUAUUGUCGAGACUAAGACGAAAUAAUUAAGGAAUUGUGCAUUAUCAAAUGCACUCUCAUCGUCACAUAUCUCAUUUUUCAGUAUAUCAACACAACAGGAGCUCGAGUGUGUUUAAAGGAGUUGUACCAGUCAAAGUACGACCCUCUCUCAGUAUCAUAUACUGUCUUGUCAGGUAAGAACGGUUUAAUGGAAUUCUGGUUUUAGUAACACAUAUUUUUUAUUGAUUACUCACAACUUAUUCAUUAUGAAGGCAUACAGAGAUAACUUUCACGAGGGUCAUUUCAUUAAUAGAGGAAGGCGAUCAUUUUAAAUAUUAGAUGGAUAGAUAGAUAGAUAAAUCGUUUAUUAAAAAAUGAAACACCUCGCAGUCCGAAGACUGAAUUACGUGUAUAAUAUACAAGAAACAAAAUUUAUAGUUAAAAUAGUUUAAAAAUCUAUAAUAAUAAAAAUGUACAAAUCUAAUAGAAACAUUUCACUUGGGAUAACCUUGUGUUAAGAAAAUAUACAUACUCAAACAUAUUUAUUUACAUCCUUAGGCUAUGGCUAACAAUAAAAGAUUUUUUAAGACGAUCAGUCUUGCACACUGGCACGUUAAACUUCCUAUUGCUGCGCAGCUGCCUAUGGUGCUCAGCUUUAGGUGGGAGCAGACCUGCGAGCUUGUGAUUAAUGUCAAGAACAAUGUAGUUAAAAAGAUCAAACGAUAGAGACGCUCGCCUGUCGUAAAGAGAUGGGAUGCCCGCCUCUUUGAGCGCGCUGUUGUAGCUUGCAUAAGGAAAGAUAAUGCGCAAGGCGCGCUUCUGAAUACGUUCUAGCUCUUUGGAUAAAUAGAACGGAAGGCUGGAGUGAAAUACUUGACAUGCGUAUUCUAAAACCGAUCUUAUGGUACUACAGUAAAAUAAAACAAGAUCACUCGGACAGAUGAGUUAAAGGAGUUGUACGAGUCAAAGUACGACCCAGUCAAAGUACGUACCAGUCAAAGUAUUAGCUCCCUGGAAGUCGUUCCAUAUUUUUGCUACUGAUUAUCCCAUGUACAAAAUGCUCUCAACUUGGCGUCGUCAGUUUUAUUUUCCUCUUUUCCUCCUGCUAAGCGUAUCGGCCGCACAUAAGCAGGUGGAAUGAUGUUUGUGAAGCUGCCUCGUCCCCAGUCGCUCGCGUUGCUUGCCUCCAUUUCUCCCGCUUCUCGAUUGUUCCGUUCUAAAGCCUGUGGAGAAAGCACUCUUUAAGGGACCAAAUGUGUGGGGAUUUCUAUACUGCACAGUCGUUUUAUAUCUUUAUCACAGAUAUUUGCCAGCCAAGAUGGAGUUAUUUUGGUGGCUACUGUUACUUCACAAGUCGAGCAUGCGCCUCGUGGCUGAUCGCUGAAUCAAACUGUUCUACGAUGAGUUCCAAUUUGGUAACGGUUCACAAUCAAGAAGAAAAUGUCUACAUUCAACACCGUCACAACGAAGAGAGAUCUUGGAUUGGACUCAAUGACCGAAGUGUGGAGGGCUCCUUUGUGUGGACAAACAAAGAAAUAAGCAAAUUUAGGUUCUGGGCUCCACAGCAACCGAACGACUGGAAAAAUGAAGACUGUGUUCACAAUCUUGGCGCCAAGCAUGGUUACACUUGGAAUGAUGUGCCAUGUACUAACUGUUACAACUACACUUGUUUUAAAGGUACUAAGCGUAGGAAGAUUUAUAACUAUCUAAUAUCAAUAAUCAUAUAAUGAUCAAUAGUAGUAAGAUUUCAAUUCAUCGUCUUAUUGCGACAACGCUGUUUAGUGUAGUCAAAGAAUGGCCACACUCAUCAGGCAGUAUUCACGAAUGACCGUUAAAUUACAAGAACUGGCAAUAAAAGCUAACUUGGGGUUGCUAUAGUAUUUACAAACAGUUGCUAUAGUAAAAGCGAAGUUAUGGUUCCCUUACCAAAUCCAACACUGUUUUGAAUGUAUUUUUAAGCAAUUUUUGAAAACUGUUUUUAACCUGUUUUGUGAAAUAGGUUUUAAAUAGGGUAAAAAGUGUAUUUUUAAUGUAUUUUUCGUCUGCUUUUAAAGGUGUUUUAACCUGUUUAAAACGCUAUUAAAAAAGAAUUUUUAAAGUAUUUUAAAAUGCUUUUAAAAUAUAUAAAAAAUUCCAGGGCUUUUGCAAGGCUCAAAACAGGUCAAAAACAGUUUUUAAAUACCUUAUAAAUCGGAAUAAAAACAGGAUAAAAACAGUUUCAAAAACAUAUUUUAAUUUACUAUACUAUUUUAAAACUAUUUUUAAUGUCAAUUUUAAACGUAUUUUGAAAAAAACAGGUUUAAAAUAGGUACAAAAAUAUAUUUUUGAUAUAUUUUUCGACUGAUUUUAAAGGUGUUUUAACCUGUUUAAAACGCUAUUAAAAUGUUAUGCUUCAAAAUAUAUUUUAAUAGCUGUUUAAUCGGUUUCGAAAUUUAGUAAAAUACUCGUAUUUGCAAAUACAAUAAAAAUACUUUGAAAACAGUAUUAAAAUACCACAGAAGAAGAAAAGCAAUAGCACACAUAUAUUAUGAAUUAAAUACAUCAAAAAUAGGAUGCAAAAAUGCAAAAACAGUAUAAAAUUGUAAGAACAUAGCCUUAGAGUUGUCUGAAAACAGUAUAAAAAUCGAUCGAAAGAGCAUAAAAAUAGUACAAAAACAGGAUGGAAAUACCAUUUCAAUUCAUGAAAUAAAAUGAAUACAAAACCGUCGAAAAUUACCCUGAAAAAGCAAGAUUUACCUCGGCGAAAUUUCUCCACACAGUCCUAGGCUAGGACUUCAAGAGAAUUAUCUCUUAGCCGAUUACUUUACGUUGAUUUCCCUAAGAAUUCUCGGGAAAUUCUUAUGGAAUUUUUCAGAAAUGCUCAAAUCAAUCUUUAGCCUGUGUACAGACCCCUUCCCUCAAUAAAACUCGGAGGGGAGGGGUGGGGGGGUAUGUACACAGGCUAUCAACCUUUGGCUUCAAAAGGGUAUAACGUUACUGACGUUACCGGUAAAUAUUAAUCUACAUGCAUGUAACUUACAUUGUUUAUUAUAUUCACGGCUUUACUCAAAUAUCAUCAGAAGCUUAAUGCAGGCUACGCCUGAACAUUAAUUAGUGGCUGAUAAAGAACAGCAUACGAAUAAAUUUACGCGAGAAUGAAAGAGGCCGGUGACGUGACAUCAAGUGACUGAGAUCAUUUAUACAAAACAGCGAGUCUCUGCAAGGAAUCCUGUAAAAAGUAAAAUUGCCAUACGGGCGCGACUAUAUAAAUGUUUACUACCCUUCAUUUGUUUCUCAUAUGGCGUAUAUCUAAGCGUCUUAGUAACAUUGUAUAUUUAAUACUUACAAUUAGACUGUUGGACUCUUCUCCUGAACCAGAACCUUUCAAAGUACAUAACAGUCGCUGAGGAGUUAUAACCAUUUUUGAUUCGUGAUAAAAGCAACAUCUACGUGUUCCGACAAUCCGCAGAGUUGGAGUGUACUUUUGUAAGAUCGUAACAAACAGUAAAAUCAAGCGCAUUUAAGCUCACAGCAACCGCCCGGGAGCAACCGCCGGUUCAAUAAUUUGAAAUGAGCAAAGGACAAAGGACGGUUUGCUUAUCACGUGCAUUUGUCACAUCACCGCGGCGCGAAGUCGUGAUUUCAGUCGCGCGUGACAUCUCAAAAAUAAUAUGCCAUGCAUGUGCGGAAUAGUCUAUGAGAGAAAGAUAACCAUAUGUCGGAGUUUAUUCAGAUCUGAGCGUUGUUUCUUAGUGCAAUAUAUACGAGGUGAGAUCUUAGCUUGGAUAUAGUUUGUUUUAAUUAUUAUGAAAUUUCAAGGACUUAUUUUAGACAAAUCUCAAUUGACCGCGUGCAUCCGGUUCUCGGCCCGCGGCUUCGGCUGUUUGCGAAAAAUUUCUACAUGAAAAUUAAGUAAUGGUCCGCGUAAGAACUAGGCAGGCAGAACGCAAAAUCGAUUAAAAGGUGUUAACUUUUAAUUUUUAAUUUCAAUUAAAUGGUGGGUUCUGAUUGGCUGAAAUCCAAAAAUCGACGAAAAAACAAAGAAAAACGUGACAAAAACAACUUUUUUUAGCUUUAUUUUCCCCAUUCUCCUGUCUUUUACCUCACGGCCAAGUUUAAGCAUUGUUCUGUGCGCCAAUCAAAAGUUAGAGCGGAAAACGUGCAACACACGCGUGACCUUGUUGUGAACCAGCUUGGAUGCGAUAUUUGAGAUGUGAGGAAAUUUGUCUUUUGUCCGAAGAAAUGUCGUCAAUUUGAUCGCCGAAAUCUACAUAUUUCCCUUUAUCGAUUGUUUAUUGCUUUUAUUUAAUGUAUUUUAUCAUCGGAGUGAUCGUGAAAUUCCUACUGCGGCAGCGUUUGCAGCUGUCCUCAACGUGUCGUCGAGUGGCCAUGUGGACAAGUAGGACCGAAGCAGUUGUUUAUGUUGUCAGGAGGAGAUCGCUUUGAUUCAGUGAUGAUUCAGAGUAAUUGCGGAGAAUAGCUGGGCACAGACAGUGGAAGCGAUAGAUUUGUUCUUUAUACAGAAAUAAAUUAAAUUUCAUAAAGCGAUGUGAAGCCGCCUGAUUUGAGCUUGAGGUAAGCUGAAGCCAAUAAAUUUUCGCAUCACCACAUGAUGUGACUGUGUAGUUAUUUUGUCCUUUUCGAAACUUCAGAAUUUUGUGUAUCUUUACUCUUCUAUAAUUCGAUUUGUUUUCAAUCUAGGCUGUUUCGACGAGCUAAGUGCAACUUAAGACGAACGAAUGGAAAUUUGUAAUUGUACUUUCGCAACAGUUGUAAGACGGCAGCCGCUUAGUCAUCAUAUGUAAUACAAAUGUAGCUCUCACUAGUUUUGAGUGUUACCCGGUAGGAAAGAUCAUGCAAGUUUGACUGUAACUGUUGCCUUUACUUUUUCUAAGAAUGAAAGUGGGUUUUUCGGAGACAUUUAGACUAAAAAUAUAUCUACCAUGUAAGACUGCGAAGAGGGCUUCUUCUGAAACCGAAUUCUCCGAACAUCCAUGAAUUUUUUUCUGUAUGGACAAUCGUCUUUUUAUUCAACUGCGGGCCAUUAGGAUAACCCUCCGACAUGAUUUUAUGAAAUUGUUGUUCUUUAUGGUGGCAAAAUAAUAACGCGCGGCUUUGGCGCGUUCGCCACGUGAGCUUGGAUUUCUGCUGUUUCCGAUCACAGUUUUGACAUUUCCUUUGAGAGAGCCGAAGUAGCUGUCUUUCAGAAGGUCGCCGAUUGAUGUAUUCCUGUGCCAUUUUCAUGUAAUUUUAUAUCAGUUUAACUUAGCUCGGGUUUGGCACAAAGAAAUCUUCUAAAUUUUAGAUAUGUCAUAGUUUUCAACAUAUCAGAGCAGUCGACAAAAUAAAAAGUUGUUUGAAUGACUCUUUUGCUAUCUUAAUUCAUUUCUAAAAUUCAAAUUUCGCGCUUUUCGCCCUAUUGACCAAUCAGAGCAUUCAAAUUUAAUUUGAUUAGAGAAAUUAGCACCUAAAAAAUAACUGCCGCUAUUGCACUGGCCUAUUGUUCUUUUGCCUAGUUCUUACACGGACCAUUACUUAAAAUGUGAUUUUAAGAAUUUUCUUUUAAAAAAACUUGUGGAAUGUCCCGUAGCUGCAUUAAUUGAAUCACGGCUAAAAUCUAGGCGGAGAUUUUCGCAGAGAGCUUGCAGGUAAUGAACAUUGAGGAACGCGGAUUGAUCCUUUAUCGGCACACUGUCACAGUUACGUGUUGUCAGUCAAAGCUAAAAUCUAUUCCUAAUUUUCUUCUCUUUUUUCAAUUUCUUUUUGAUUUGCUGGGAGAUUUAAUUUUUGGCUCCGCCUCGAGCUUUAUUGAGAGAAGAAUCCGGUCCACAAUAUGACAGCUUGUUUUGAGUCAUUUAUGAACUCGUGACACGAUGAAUCCUUAAAAAUUAACUUUGUGCAAUUGUUACUUUUAUAGUCUGAGUAUAAGUAUCCCAAAAUACAAGUACCCUAUUUUAAAGUAUUUAAAAUAAGGUCAGCAUUUGAUGUCUUUCAGCAGACUUUAAAUAUUUUAUGUACAAUCUGUUUUUAUAGUCAGAGUGUUGUGUGCCCAAAAUACAAUUCAAAUAGACCUCAAAACAGUGUUUAAGUACCCUAUUUAAAAGUAUUUGAAAUGCGGUCAGUAUUUAAGGACUUAAAACAUAUUUCGAAUAGUCUAUUUGAACUCUGUUUGUAACUUUGUGAGUGGAUGCGUCUCAAAAUACAUUUUCGAUACAACUCAAAACAGUGUUAAAGUACCCUAUUUAAAAGUAUUUAAGAUACGGUCAGCACUUAGGCUCUCAAAACAUAUUUUAAAUAGUCUAUUUGAAUUAUGUUUGUAACUUUGUGAGUGGAUGCGCCUCAAAAUACAUUGUAGAUGCAACUCAAAACAGUGUUAAAGCACCCUAUUUAAAAGUAUUUAAAAAACAGUCGCAUUUAAGCCCUUAAAACAUAUUUCAAAUAGUCUAUUUGAACUCUGUUUGUAACAGUGUUAGUGGUUCCAUGCCCAAAAUACAUUUGAAAUACCCUAUUUUAAUCAUAUUUAUUAAACAAAAUACAUUGUAAAUUGAUGAGAGAGGUUUUCCUUUUGAUGAAAUAUAAUUUAACUACACUUAAGAUAUAUUCCAAACAGAGGCGAAAAUUUAAAUUUUUUUGUCAAAUAGGAUUAAAAUACAGGAAAAUAGUAUUCAAAUACUGAAAAUACAUUUUAAACACUUUAAAAUCAGUUUCAAAAUACAUAUGGUUUGGUAAGGGUUGCUAUGAGAUAUAAAAACAGUAAAAAAUAGAUGCUACGUGACAUUUAAUACUGGCGAUGAAAGGCGUAGUAAGGCGAUAAAAUAUAUCGUGUGUAGCAAAAAGAUUGUGUUACUUGACAACACCUUUCAUCGCCAGUACCAUGACAGUACACAGGAGAUGGAAAACUCUGCAAUGGUAUUUAAGAUAAACUGUCGAUCUUUCAUGUGCGACCACCCUUCCAAAGCGACCCAUAAGCCGAGAUUGAUCUACACAUAUCGUAACUUUGAAAUUGCGCACAAGAAUUUUUUUUUUUCAAAAGCACCACCUGUAGUUCGACACCCUCCCACCUGUAGUAAGCGUCACCCUCUAGUCAUGUAGCAGCUCUCCUAACUCUAAACGUCAAUUGGUCGGCGAUACUUUAAACGUGAAAAAAUGGGAAAUAAUGAUAAGCAAUGAUGUGUUAUUGUUUUCUGCGACAAGUGAGGAAACACCUUACCAGCAUCUCCUACAUUAGCCCCCUCUAAUCUGGAGGUUCCUCUUCGACUGUAAUACUAUAGUCAAAGAAGACAACUAAACCGAUUGGAGGUGUAAUGCUUUUUUGAAAAACAUAGACACUGUCAUGUCAUGGCGUUUUGGUAAAAAGCCUAAGACCAUAUUUGUUAAAGUAACAAACAAAAGCAAAAACAAAAAUGAGCACAUCACCUUAGCAGCAAUUCAACCAUAUGUACACUAUUAUUCUCUCUACAUAUCUGUUAUUUUAACGCUUUAUGUAACUUACAAUUCUGAUGCAGAUAUCGACGAGUGUUCUACCAACUCUCACAGUUUAGACGUUAAUGCGAUGUGUAGCAAUACUGUUGGAUCGUACGCAUGCGCCUGUAAAGCAGGAUUCACGGGCGAUGGAAAAACAUGCUCUGGUAAGCGGUUGCCGUGUUGUAAAAAACGCUUCUAAGACGAUGAAUGUGCCUGUAUAUAUGUUCUACUGAUUCGAUCUCUACUUUUAAAUAUGUAGAAAACGAUGGACAUAACCUAAAGUAAAUGAUUCGAAAUAAUAAUUAAAGUAAAACAAGAAAUACGUAUCUCGCAUACUCUCACUGACUCAAGUCGGUCUUGCACAUAACAUUAUGUCAAAGCGCGUCAUUGUAGCAAUGUACGAAAAAUAACAAAAGAUAAAAAAAAUUAAAAUCAAAACAAUCCUCCUUAAACAGGUUAUAGGGUUACAAAUAGUUCUUGUCUUCUGACGUGAACAGUCAGGUAAAACAAUAAAGAGGGUGCUAAUGGGGGUACCCAAUUUCUCAUUUUUGGUGGUAGGCCGUACUAAAAUCAAUGUACAUUAAAUUUACAUGAACUCUGCCAUGCACUAGUACAAUUUAUUGGUAACUGAAAAUAUAAGUCGUAUAACCUUCAAUAUGACACCAGCCUCAUAGAUCCAGACGCACCAGACGCACCAGACGCACCAGUCUCGUACUGAUCUUCCCGACCUGGUCAUGUAUGUCCUGCCAUAAACUACUUCAAAGUCACCUUCUUCGUCACUUUUAGUCUCGUACUUAUCUGGUUGCUGUAUGUUCUGUAUCUUAUUGUUGGCCUACUAAAGUUUCAAUCCUUGCAACCCAUUGCAAAAGACGACGGGACACAAUAUCAAUGCCAAAUAAUCUUAAACUGGACCAUUAUUUUUGGAAUUCAAUUGAUGAAAAGCCGCUUUUUAAAGCAAAUAGCAUGACAUAAUUCCGUGACGCUGGUGGUAAAAAUCCCGCUUUAUCUUGAGUUGAUUCGCUUCUUAUAGUUCGUUGUUAGACAGGUCGAAAGUUCUCUAUCCAGUCCCUCAUCACGUCUUAUUCUUCUUUUGUGACUGUUUGCACUGAUAAGAGAGACAUAGUUGAGAGUGCUGAAAGUAUUUGACACUGGGGAAUUCGACUUUUCUUGAGUGUAGCCAAGAGCCAUUAUGGCUCUUGGUGUAGCCCACUUCGAAUUCGUAGUUCUUUUAAGCGAUUCCUUCACUGUCGUUCCAAAGUCUUGACGUAGUUCAAAGCACUAAAUGUUUUGUGUUGAAUUGAGAAACCACGUGUAGGUUUUCCACCUGUGUUGUCAGAAGUUUUUUGUACCUCCAAAUAAAAUUGUUAGAAAUCCUCUUUCGCGUCCCUUAAUGUUACCUUUUUCGCAGACGUACCUUUUAGCGUAUUUCAAAAGCGUCAUAAAGAUGGGCAAGGGUUGUAAGAAAUGAAAGUCCGGUUAAAACAAUAGCUAAAUAGUCUUAAUAGUUAGAACUGCAACAUCAGUUACAAAAAUGAUUUUUCUUAAGUACAAAUUCCAUACACUUAAAGACCUUAAAAGAAAGAUGCUGAUUUCUUUGAGCCAUCAGAAUUUUGGCCAGAUCCAGUGCUAAGAGUCACUGCCUUUUUCGUUGGGUAGUAAUGUUUAACUUGACGAUCUUUUGGGUCCGUGAAAACAGUAUAUUCCGAACACAGGAAUCUUGUUAAUAUUAGAAGACGAAUUAUACGUUGAGUUGUCUACAACCAGCUCUAUGAAUGACACUUUAUGUUUGCCGGGUACUGCCCUGGUGCCUUUUGCACAUAGUAAUAUCCAGUUAAUAUGUCACCAGGCCAUCAGCGGGACAGAACAAAGUAAGAAAAUAGCAUUUCUGUUUGCCAAGCUUUGUUGCUUUCAUUAACAUCAACGAUCGUAUUCAGUGUAAUUAAUAGAAUGUCACUUAACUGUACAUGUUAAGUUUUCAUUCUUGUCACAGUACUGGUGUUACCUAUGAGCUGCUCUUUCAAGAUUCCUGGAGUAAAUAUAUUGGAGAAUCAUCACUGUUGUAACCCUAUAACCUGGUUACGGAGGAUUGUUUUUAUUUUUAUUUUUGAUAUCUUUUGUUAUUUUUUUAUUGUUUUUCGUGCAUUGCUACGUGACGCGCGUGUCCGUUAUUUCGGAUAUCAUUAAGUGUGGCGUACAACUGCAGAUCGAGGUCAUAAGACGAAACUAUAGCUCGUUUUGUAAAAUCUCCUGGAUAAAUGUGUGUUGAAAGUGGAUCUCCGUCAGAUGUUUCUUUUCUCUGUUGAUAUUUCGAAUCCCGUUGAAGUCCCGAGUUUAUUAUUAUUAUUAUUAUUAUUAUUAUUAUUUUCGGAUUAAAUUGCAAUUUCUUAAAAUGCAAUUACCACUGCGACGAUCAUAUCUUUAUUUAAAAAUAAAUCACUUACGUUUCUCUGACUGUCGUUCAGACAGAUAUUUUUAUAUUUAGAGUUCUUUCAUGUUCUCAGAUAUCGACGAGUGCUCUACAAACUCUCACAGCUGUGACGUCAAUGCGGUGUGUAGCAAUACUGUGGGAUCCUACGCAUGCGCCUGUAAAGCAGGAUACACAGGCGAUGGAAGGAUGUGCAAUGGUGCGAUUUUUCGUUUCGUUUUGUUUUAUUUUUCUUGAGGUGGUGGAAACAAAUCAACAAUGUCAUGAUUCAUGAUGCAACAGUUUUUUAGAGCCGUAGGCGGGGUUGCAUAAAGCCUCCACACAAUUAUUAGUACAGAACAGGAGCCCAGCUCCUGUACAGAACUAUUACUGUUUCAUAGACCUUUUGAUCGACUGACUGUUAUUCUUCCCUAUAGAACGAACUCAUUUACUGGUAGAAAUGAGUAAUUUAGUAUAAAUUUGCUAUUCAAUAUUUUCAAUUUUCCCAACUGAAACCCGUUAUUCUAUCACUGAGUUCUAUGCAAAAAUUAAAAUAAGCAAAGCCUGCCUAGACUGCGUCGUCUUACGAAAGUGUCUCAAGGUUUUUUAUACUUUUUAAAUCCACUAUCCUCCACCUGUUUAUAUGUUGCAUUAAUUGCUUGACUUGGUUUCCAAUAAGCAUCUAAUAGUAUUUUUUUGGGGGGGGUGGGGAUAAUAACUGAAUAUUUUUAAUGUUCUUGCACUAUAUAGCCUCUGUUGCAGCCGGCCCACGCACUCGUCUAAACCAUUUGUAUAGUCCGCCUGCGAAUUAGUUCUCAUGAGCUCGUUCUAAUAUCCUGUAGGGUCGCAAGGACGUAUGUGAGCGUUUCUGAUAGGCGGGUUUCUUACGGGUUUCUUAAUUAAGCGCCUUACGAUCUCUAUACAGAAGGUUUAGAGCGUCUGCGGCGCAGGCAAGCACUAUAACGCGCUCUUAAAAAGACACACGAUGCAUCUAAAUAUAUAGUAGAAUCAAAUCUUGUAGCCUUGAAAACAUCAAACAUUUUUGAAACAUCAGCACCCUGAAUCUCCAUUCGUAGAUGUUGAUGAAUGCACCAGCGGUUUACACAGCUGCCACAAGUUCGCUUCAUGUACAAACACUAUUGGAUCCUACCGCUGUUCAUGUCACCAGUAUUACAAUGGAGACGGUAAAAACUGCCAGCACUCUGUGAGCGGUGAGUAUAGUUUUCAUUGGUCUGGAUUAGUUAAAACAGGUACAAAACAUUCAGUGGAAGAGGAGUACUUGAAGUGUUUUUAACAUUCGGGCACAUUACCUGCAGGCCAAAAAUUGUUCCUAACAGAGUCCAUGAAAAAAUUUCCCUGCCUUAGUUCCUUAAAUACCUCUCAUAUAUAAACAAAGUUUGAGGUCCAUCUAACUUAAAUAAGUAAUUAAUUAUUAAAUUAAUUGUUUUUUAAUCUUCCACAAAUAUAUAACGAGAAUAUUGUAUUAGCAAGUUAAUUAUUUUAUGAUUCGCAAUAAUAUUGAUCAAGUUCAGGAUUUCAGUGCAAAUAAACUGUCUCCUUUUCUGGCUGCGCGGAGAGUGAACGUAUUAACCUGGCCCCUUUUGCAAACACACAUCUCCCAGCAUUGGAUUAGAUACGUAGAUACAUACAUAUUUCACUGGCUGGUCCCCACAGGCCUUUUCAGAUUCAAUGUCACCAUAAAAACUGGGAAAUAAUAAAAAAAAAAUAACAAAAUAACAAUUUAAAAAACACUCGGUUCCUGCACACAGAGGGCUAAAAAUGCGAAAAAUAAUUAGCUUAGUAAAAGAAGGCGUCCUGAAGUCGCCUAAGUUGAUGCUUAAAACUAGUCAAUGAUCCGCCUAGUGUAAGUGCUGGUUGCAACUCAUUCCAUAAUGAUGUCGCUCAAAGGCGGUUCGGACCAGUAUAGAAAAGUGGUAUAAAAAAAAGGUUAAAGGCUUGUUUAUAGUGGAAAUUGCACUUAGCUUGUCCAGCUAAUUUACAGGCACUCCACUCAAAUAUUUAGAAACAAAUAAUUCAAAUACAACAUAAUAGGAUUAAAAACCCCAACUGGCAGAAGGCAACCAGUUAGCUAUUUACAAGCGUGGCCAAGAAUUUGAUCUCGGGACGACCGAGCACAAAUCCAGCAAGUGGCCAGAGCGGGACUCAAACCCGGGACCGCCGGAUUACGAGUCCGACGCGCUGACCACUCGGCCACGCUGCCUUCGUAUGCUUAACAUUUCCGAGUCCUUGGUUUUCUUUGUCGAGUCGGCCGAUCUUUUUACGAGCUUUGAAGUUAAGUAUCCUGGAGCACACUCGGUCAUGCACUUAAGUACGAAAACAGCAAGUCGAAAAUAUAGUGGUGCUGGUGGUUGCUUCUUUUUGACAAGGGAGUGAUGUGAUCGAAUUUUCCAUCCACGCCUACAAUUUUACAGGCGAAAUUUUGUGCUGCUUGGAGUUUGUCCAGAUUAGGUUGGAUGGUGUUGCUCCAAGAGGGGAGUAAUAAAACAGCUUACAAAAAACUAAUGCGUUUGUGAUAAUAAUCAAAAAGGCGUUUUUCUCAAAAACAUGCUUAACGGGAUUGAUUUGGCCUAUUCAUACAUGAGGACACAGUAGAAACAAUAUGCUCGUUAAAUGUAAAAUUAGUGUCUAGUAUCACACCAAGGUCUCUUACACCUUUAACGGGUUCCAGUUGUUUCCCCAAAAGAGAGAGGCGAAAGUUAUUUAUUUACCUUGGCAGUUAUUUGUCUAAUGCCAAAUAUGAUAAGUUUGUAUUAUCUGGAUUAAGGGCUGAUUACUAAAACAUGAAUUCCGAAUCGUCAACAGGUCCUGGUUCAUGUUAGUCAUCGCUUUCUCUUAGCUUAUCCUGCAGUUGAAAUGGGAUUAGAAGUUUGGUAUCAUCAACAUAACAUUGUAGGGAACAGUUUUCGGGAAUCGAAGGGAGAUCAUUAACGUAGAUGCUAAAAAGUAAUAGACCCAGGAUGCUCCCCUGUGGGACGCCAGAAGUGACAAGUAGCUUGUCAACAACAACAACAACAAUACCUUUUUUUAUUCGCCUCGUACUUCAAUACAUACAUGAAAGAGAAAAAUUUAUAUAAUUAAUUAAUUUGUACUCCCUUGUCCGACAAGGGUGUGUUUAUUCGCACGGUUUGGUAUCGUGAAGUCAAUUAGCUCCGAAACCAUUCAAUCACUGAUACAGAAGCUCCAGAAUCCUGUUAUUUGUCCAGGAGUAUCUCAUGGUUAUUAGUACUGUCAAAUGCUUUGCUCAAGUCGGGAAGAAAAAGGUCAGUUAGUUUCCUUUUAUCAAUGGCUCUCAGGAUUUCAUCGGUUGUCUGAAUAACAAUAUGCAACUAACUAAACAAAUUUUUACUGCACAUCUUAUGGAGCAGCUCUCCAUAAUAAUGCCUUGCAUUAUUAAAAGGGGGAUUUAGGCGCUUUGGCAGGUAGAGCCAACAAUCCAUCCACUCAUAAAAGUUUCACUUCUUUCGCACUGUACCUUAAUCAGCAUAUCAGCCGCCAAAUUGAUUUAUCAUCAAAAGGUAGAAAAGAAGGCGUCAGUGAAAAUGCCAACACAGGGUCGGGGUUGGGGUCCGCUGUCCUUUAUUUCGUUUUAGUUUUUGUUGUUGUUGUUGUUGUUUUUUGUUUUGUUUUGUUUUGAGUGAAAUCUGCUAAAACGACAAAGAAAGAAACACGAUUUUUAGUCGCGACUUGAGCAAAAAAACAGAAGAGGAACUGAAACGUUACGACAAGGACCACAUUAGCUGCCGUAAACUGAUCGGAUGGACUGAUGAUCAGUGGCCAAUCUAAAACCUUGAGCAUCAUCAAAGGGUUCUUGGUCCAUAUUUCACGAAAGAUAAAGAAGCGUCACCGUAACUGAUUGUCUCCAGUCCUCAUAUCCGGUACACGAUUACCAUAUUUGGAAGAUGUAGGCAGUUGAUACAAUCGAUAGCAUGCUCCUCCUUGGCUCAGUCCCCAGCCUUGGGUGUCCUGAUGCACAGGACGGCUGGGCGCACGGGCUUAGCUAUUCUUAAAAUUGACCAAUCAGAAGCCAGCCAGCAGACUUUUGCUGGCUGGCUUCUGAUUGGUCAAUUUUAACGAUUGCAUAAAUUUAUUUGCGUGAUAACGAAAAGCUAUUUUAGUAAACAAAGGUUGCAAGCGAUACAAGAUUGAAAAUGGUUACUUUCUUGGCCUUGAAAAGUUUGUUCUGGAUAAUUUCAAGGAAGAGGAGAUUCUGGCUUUGAAGGAGCCUAUUCUGGUUCGAGAUAAAUUUCUUAUUCUACCAACGAGUUCAUGGAUAUCUUUAAGUUUUCGAUCUUUUCGCGCGGUAGUGGAUUACAUGGAAGGCAACAAAAACUGCAGAGCCUAUUAUCAUGGUAGUCUUUCCACUUCUGUCCUUGAAGAAAGGCCAAGUAAAUUAUCUAAACAGCAAAGGUAUAUAAAGGCAGCUUCCAUCGGUAAAGGACAAUUAUAUAAGUGGCGUUUAGAAGUAGUUUCAUUUAUCUUGAUCAAUCCGCGUUAAUUCGUAGCGUCGGAGUCACUUCUUAAAACGAUACUUCUCAUGAUCAAUACUACCGUACUGCCAUUUUGCGUAGUAAACUUACUUGAGUUUGAGGGCAGACAAGCCUUAUAAAUUCACUUAAUAAUAAUAAUUAUCAUUAUUAUUAAUUAUUAGAAGAGGUAGUCAUAUUCAAAUGAAAUUAAUUAUGUGCGUUUCGGAAACUGCCUAAAAAAGAACCAGAAGAUAAAAAUUGUAUGAACUUAAAAUCUCAAGAUUUGAUGCGCGUUACUGUGCGAAACAUACUUAAGUUUAAAUUCAGCUUACGACUCUAUUGUCUCACGAUCGUGUUUUAAAGUAAUGUUAUGAAUGAAAAAAACAGAAAUUAUUUCUGGCAAACCUUUGUUCGAAAACUCAUAUGCUUUACGAAUCAGCGAAUCCAACAACAGGUGGUACUCGUUCUUCGCGAAAUGAAGUGACACACUGCAAAUUUUUGCUUGUAAACAAAUUUAAACCUUAGCUAUUCAGCUCUGGUUUAGUCAUUAUUAAAACUUUCUUUUUCCUUGUAGAGCAUAUUUUAUUUAAGCUUCCUUUUGUGUACUUAUUCCCCAUUUACGACGAAUUCAUGACCAAUCCUUCUCCAUGUUGUUAUGACUCAUUUAGGCUUAUGUUCAACACUAAAUCCGACUCAAAUCGGGGCUCAUUUUUCAAUUUUCUUUAAAGCCAAGGUCAAGAUAAAAAAAACGUCUAUGAAACAUUUAUAACUGCACAAAUUCCCUUUUGAAAGCGUAAUUUCUUUGGCAAUAAUGUGAAAAAUGUACCUGGAAAUUAUUCACAAACUUUGCUGUAUUGGUUGCAUGCAUUUCAAAACAGAACAAACGUUCUGCCGUGAAGAAAACUUGGUCGAAGACAUUGAAGUCAAUUUUCCUGGUUGAUAGCUUUUCUUUUUCCACAAAAAGGAAACAGAGUAUUCUCUUGAUCAUUACCUUUCUAUCUGCGUCUUCUAACAAUACAUUUGUAAUCUCGCUACGAGAAAAAAAUAAGCUAUCUACUGUCUUUAUGGGAGAUGGUUCCUGUUCAUGAGGAAAAAUCGUCAUGCAUAAAUUACUCAGUUAACACCAUAACGUCAUGCACAAGAAACUUAGCCCGUGCGCCCAGCCGUCGGGUGGGGAGUACCGCGGGCGCAUCUUGACACCCAAGGCUGAAGACUGAGCCUAUGCCCCUCCGCGAUAUGCAUAAUUCUGCACAUCAUACUCAGCCUCAUUCAAUGAUUGUUAAAUACAUGAAGUAUUUGUGACUCAAUAAGGUUCUCAAUAGAGGAGGAAAACUUUGAACUUGCCGUUCCGCCAUGUUAAGGCAGGGAGUCGAAAAAUCAUUACAUUGAUCAUGAUCGAACCAGUACAUUAUUCACGAUAUGUUUACUAUUACUUUCAAUCCGGAGAAUUGAGUUCUCUAAUUUUGCCGAUUAACUGCGAAUGCGGUCAACUUCAACCGUCGAGACCUAACUUUGGCUAACGAAAAGUUCGGAAAUAGAUCCUCAGAGAAAGUUCCCGUAAAUAUUAACUCGCUAGUUAGACUAAGUACCUAAUUUUCAUUAUAUAAACACCAAUGAAACGUGAGCGUUCGCGCGAAAACUUGAUAUCUUCACGUGUGAAAAUAACAUGUUAUCUUCACACGUGAAAAUAUCACCGUUGCUAUGGCUACAGAAUAAAUCGCGCCUUUCACACCAAAAAACUAUUAAAGUGAAAUGGUUUGGUAUUUCAUUGGUGUUUAUAUAAUAAAUUUUUCUUCUCGUGUUGAAAAAAUAUUUCUCUCGUUCGCUGCGCUCACUCGUGAAAUAUUUUUCAACACUCGAAGAGAAAUUUCGUAUCUCCGCGCCGCCAUGUAAUAUCCUCUAUAUCUUUGUUAGUAUCGUUUUUUAAUAUCUUGUGUUUGAAUUUUAUUUUUAUUCAUUCACGGUAACCUUUGAAAUAGCCUGAGUAUCAGGCCUUCCUAAGGGGCUAGGGGAGAGGAUAUUUUAGAUGGGGGAGGCAGGAGGGGGACAAGAGAAAGGAAAAAACUUAUUCACAAAAAUGUCGACGUUUUUUAACUGAGAAAUCACGAGACUAAUCCAAUUUUACGUCUGUUUAUUCAUCGAGCCAAGAAUAAGUUGGUGAAGUGAGACGCAAACAAUUCUUACAUGUACCAGUCACUGACCGGUUUGCAAUUCUGCAAAACUUAAUUCAUAUCAAUUCCCAUUAUGUCACGUCGCAUCGCAGUUAGAUGUAGUGACACUCUCUUCGAACGUUUUUCCCUCUUGUACGAUACAGAAUAACUGUGGAAAUUUCUUUAAUUUGGAUAACCGUUUUGCGAAGGGAGGUAGACGCUUAGAACCUGUUUACAUGAAAGGUGGGGGUCCCCAGGUAGGUGAGGUGACCAGCUUAGGUAGGAUAACCCGCCUGUCCACACAAUCUCUCAUAUGGUUACCCGCACCUAUCAUGUAAACUUGAUCAAAUUAAAAUGAGAGGUUAUAUAGACAGGCGGGUUAAUCAGCCACACGCGAACAGGUCUUUAAACUGUGUACUUGAGGUUGUACAAUAUAUUUGCAUAAUUAUAUCUUUGACCAACCUUUGUUAUUUUGGCUGCUUUUGUGUUCCCAUUUUAUUAUUAUUUUUUUAGUUAAAAAGAGAACACCGUUAUUUGGCAAUCCUAUUGCAAUGAAAUAUUAAGUAAUAGUAAUAGUUUAUCAGCCGACCCCAUAAAAUGGCUUUUCAGCCAACUUUAAAAUUGCAAUUUGAUAAUUAAAAGCAUAAUUUUCUACUUCUCAAAUGUGAAAUGUACAUUGUAUUGGGAAAAAUGUAUAUAUACAUUGCUUGUAGUACCUAACGUCAAACCAUAUGAUGCUUACACAACGUACUUACCGGCGGACUGCUCAUGGACGCAGACCGACAGUGAAUCUAAAGGUAGGCGUGUCUAACUUAUUUCUGUUUCCGAUAUUAUGAGAGAGUGCGCAUCGACCAUUUUCUUAAACCUGUUACAGCUAAGGGGCUGGGCAAGUCCCUUGUCCUGUGUUAAAUAAACUCGAUUUUUUUUAAGGCUUGUCAAAAAACGCAAGGCACGCGUUUUUUUACUGCAUGGUUAAAAAAUCUUGCGCUUAUUACGCUCGAAGGUUAAACCAGUGAUAAAACACUGUUGUUCGUGUUGUAAACAUUACUAAACACGGAACGCUUGCAGACUAGAAAACGAUUGUUUUUCCUUUUCCUACAUUGAGAUACAUUCGCCUUAGAAUUAAACACCAAAAAACAUUCACCAGUAUAUGACAAUCAUCUUGAACGAAAUAGAAUAAGAGUGAUAAAAAUUAAUUUGAAACAGCGUGAAUUCACUUUUUUGUGGCGUUUUCGCUCCAUGCCGUCGCAGUGGUGGUUGCUUAAUAUGCUCCUUAUAUGGAAAGAGACUGUGACUGAUAGGGAGAUCGGGUAUGCCAAAUAUCUGUGUGAGAAUAUGGACUGUACGCCUCCGACCGAGUUUAAUAAACUCUGGAGGGGCUAAACUGUAACGUCACUGAAAUUCGCAGUAGACUGCGAGAUUAAACCGCAUCAUUUGAAGAGAGAGCACGCAAGCUCAGAAAGAAAAAACUUUAUAGGCGUUUGUUAUUUUGCGCUUCUCAGCCUGAUCAUUAUGAUAACAAGCUUCAAGUGUAUGUGACCCUUGCGCGAGCUUCUUUUCAUGAACGGUAUAUCUCCAGGAAGUCUAGUUCGCUGCCUUCCGUUAUUUGCUCUUUGAGAUCCCUUGACGUACACGGAUCCGUGCAGAAGAAGAAAAUGAAAUUGCUUGAAAUUGCAGGCAAUGAAAUCAAACAGGAAUAGUUCAUACUUCCUUUUGAGUACGUUCGUAGCCAUCCUCACUCAAGCGAUUUUGAACCUCGACCUUGCUGCCAAUGUUCCAAGGCAACCUUAUAGCACAAGACCACUCAGUAAUAUUUUUUUUUCUGUUUUACAGUUACAAAGUUAUAAAGUAAAAGUAUUUUAUUACCGACACUACAAAGCGCGGGAUUUGCGAGUUUUCUUAGAUAGCCACAUUUUCAUAAACUAACUGAGUUAUUCCUCGUUCGCUCAUUGGCUAUAAUUUCUAUCAAUAAGAAGCCGGACAGACAUAAAAUUUUAAUUUAUGCAAGACGGAACAUCCGCUUAAUACGGAUACCCGUAUAUAACGGACAGUUUCUAAAAUUUAGCCUUUUAAUACGGACACCGGAUAAUACGGACACAAUGGACACUUUUCUGUGUCCUGAGGCACAAACUCUGUCAACCCUGCUAUUAAUUUACGGGCACUGGCUAUCACAAUCACCUGCUAUUUGUAGAUAUUUUACACUGUCCAUCCAAACAAUGACAGAUUUCUGGGUUUAAGUAGCAGAAUAGCUUGAUAUGUUUGAUUUUAAGUCAGUCUUUCUUCCGUGUACUAUAUAGCCAUUUAAUAAUUACUUCUCAAGUUUCACUUCCUUGGCUUUUCGGCGCAGUCAUUGUUCCUACCCUUCUUCCUCUUUGUCUGCCAUAGUCUUUAUAUCAAUACAACAUGUGUCCGGGACGUUUUUUGGGAGAGCUCACUUAAUACGGCCAUCCGCAUGUUACGGACACCAUGGCAUGUCCCCUAAUGUGUCCAUAUAAACCGGGUUCUAUUAUUAGUAGCUUCUUUUUGAAAGGCAAAAUGUUUUUUACUGUUCCUUUUUCCAAACUUUUGUUAAGGUAAAAAGCAAAUUGACGCCAGCUCCGAAGUAACAUUGUCAAAUUUUCUAGUAGAUUCAUUCACCCGGGGCUCGUGCUCGUGGAUCCACAACACUUCGGACAAUGUUAUGAUGAGAUUUUAUGAUCAAUAAGAGGACAGACAAUAAAGAAACUAGCGUCAAUGUGAUGAAAUGAGCCAAUUUUAGUGCAUAAAACUAGAAAUACGUUUUCGCAAAAAUCUCGCGAAGCUAACGGGGUCAGCAGUGAGAAUAAACAGUAAAAAGCCAAAGGGUGAAAAAAAAAGGUUAAAAAGAAAAAAAAAAUGGAAGUAGACAAGCCCCGGUUGGAACCCAGUUGCACCCCAACUUCCUCCAGCGAAAAAGUGCGGCCUCUGACCACUGGGCCAUGCGACCACUGCUCCGAUAACUCAUCAAAAUUAAUAGUGUUGAAGUAUUUUUCUCUGCCAUUCACACUGUUUGAACCUUGUGGAGCUGUAUUUAUCAUGAAUUCAAAGAUACAGUUGAGGAAAAAUAGCUCAAACGAGUAUUUCAAACCAUUUCGCAUUAUUUCCGUGUUUAUUCACUCUCGGGCUUUAAAUAGGCCGCUCGAUUAACGGCAAGGACUUCCUCUUAUCCAAUAAUUGGGCACUGUUGUGUUUGCAGCCCGCUGUUAUUUGCCUUAGAAAUACUUUGCGAUUCGCCAGCGUACAAUAAACAGAGGAAUAAUAAAAGGUCGCUGCAUGGCCGUGUUGCCUGGAAACCCAAAAUGCACGAUGACGUGCAUUUGACGUCUUCAUUAUUUGUUUAUGGCUUAUUGCUAGGCAACUGCGGAUACCAAACCGAUAGAAAGAUUUAUGACCAAAGCGAAAUCGCAGCUCGCUUGCGAUCCUCGCGUAAUCCUACUUCAUCGUUUCCCUACUUCAUCGUAUGUAGCAGAGAUCACUCACCUAUUUGCAAUGGCAGAUAAAGGCAGCUAAAGAAUGCCUACAGAUACAUUUGCCUCCCUUUCCCAUGUAAUUGCUUAACCUCGGUCUGUAUAUCUACCAGUGUGUGAAGGCCAGUAACCAAUCCUCAAUUACUCGUAUGUAGACAAUUAUCGCCACAGUGGGGCAGGUGCUGGGGGAACUUACAGGACGUGAAAAUUAUCCACUUUGAGCCUGUUUAUGUACAGUAGAUAAAACUUUUGGAAACAAUAAAUUACAAAAAAUAUCAAAAUAUUCAAUGAUUUUCUAACUUUUUAAAAGUUAAAUCAUUAUAUUUUUUAUACAUCAGAAUGUCAGAAUUACGCAAGCCUUAACAGUUAUACCAGAAAGAUCACGUACUCUGGUAGCACCGGUCAUUGUGACAGUGGAAUCGGACCUGGUUGGUUUCGUUUCAGUGGGUCCGCCGGCACAAGAAUGCCAACUUCAUGCCCCCCCUAUAACAGAUGUGGCACAGGUGCAACCGGCUGGUUGAAUGGUGGACACCCCACAGUAGCAGACGGUCAGGUCAGCAGGCAGGUGUGUUUUCACUGGCCAUCAAGCUGCUGUCAUUGGUCAAGAAAUAUCAAAGUGCGAAAUUGUGGUUCUUAUUAUGUGUACCAUCUUAACGGUUCACCUGUUUGUAAUGGUCGUUAUUGUGGUACUAACUAAAGACAAGGUGUAAGUAAAGUAAUACAUAUUCUAUCAUUUCAAUUAAAUAGGC